GUUCUCGUGGCAGAAGCGGGGAGACAUGGCUAAUUAGCUAAGCAGUGGGGGAAAUAUUUACGAUUCCUGCUUUUUCCGGAUGAGUUUUGUCACUCUAUGCAAUUUUAGUUUUGAAUUAUAAGAAAAUACGCUUUACACAGCCAUGCGGCGAAAUAAGGCCGAAGUGGACGAAUAUAUUAAUUCAGUAGAGAGUUCCUCUCCUUCACUCAAAGAGAAACCAAUUAAAGGAUUUUUAUUUGCUAGAUUAUACUUCGAGGCUAAGGAGUAUGAACUUGCUAAAAGACAUGUAUCAGCAUAUUUGAAGGUGGCGGAAAGAGACCCCAAAGCACACAAGUUCCUGGGCAAACUUUAUGAGAGGGAAGGAGAUAUCAACAAGGCCAUAGGAUGUUACAAGCGGUCUGUGGACCUGAACCCACCCCAGAGGGACCUGGUUUUGAAGGUGGCUGAGCUGCUGGUCAGUAAGACCGAGAGAGACAACAGAGCAGAGUUCUGGGUGGAGAAAGCUGCCAAGCUGCUGCCUGGACACCUUGCUGUCUUCAACCUCAAGGAGCACCUACUGAAUCAACAGGGCCAGCAGGGAUGGAACCAGUUGUUUGACCUACUGCAGGCAGAGCUGGCUGUGAGGCCUGGCGAUUCCCAUAUCAACAUCAAGCUGGUUCAGUUGUUCUCCUCCGAUGGCAGGCUGGAGGAGGCUGUCAAACACUGUCUGGCCACAGAGAAGAGAGGCCUGCUUAGAUCCAGCUUGGACUGGUACUCUACUGUAGUACAUACUCUACAGGAAUCCCUAGCCCAGCCCAGUGUUUCAUCCAAUGAGAAGAUGAGUCAACAUCAGCAGAGAGAGCUACUUUUGGCCCACUGCAGCCUGCUGAGACUGACUCUGCAGGGGAAAGGACUGCAGCCUAGCAUCCAGGCCCUCUGGAGUUUUGACUGUGCGAUGCAGGGCCUGAAGAAGGCAGAGGGCAGUGUAACAGAAGAUCUGUCUGGGGUCUAUGUGGAGAUGAGGGGACAUCUGUACCUGCAUGCUGGCACUCUGCUGCUGAAGAUGGCUCAGGAGAGAGAACAGCAGUGGCGGGCUGUCAUCGAUCUGGCUGUUCUCUGCUAUCUGCUGGCCUACCAGGUCCCCAGGCCAAAGAGCAAGGUGUCUAAACGGGACCAGUCUCCUCCUCAGCCUCUGGAGCUACUGGCCAGUGACCGAAAGAGCCAGGCUGGACACAUGCUGCUCAACCUCAAGCCCGAGACACACACCUUUGUCAGAGAGGUGGUGGAGGCGUUUGGGAACCGUAGUGGUCAGGACGCUUUGUUUGAGCUUUUGUUUGGGCCUCUGGCUCCGGCCGGGACUUCCUUCAUUGGCAACGAUGACAUCCGCUCCAUCAACACACAGGCUCCAGAGAUAUCUGACCUCACCAAAUGGGAUAACGGCUCCAUCCAGCUCCAUGGUGGGGACCUCCAGCAGCUGUGUUGGCUGGGCCUCCAAUGGUCUCUCUUGGCCCAGAGGCCUGCUCUGAGGGACUGGCUCAAACAGCUGUUCCCCAGGCUCAACCUGGAGACCUCCAAACUGGACACCAACACACCAGAGUCCAUCUGCCUGCUAGACCUGGAGGUGUUCCUGUGUGGGGUGGUGUGGUGCAGUCACACCCAGCUCCAGGAAAGGGCCAGGAUCAGUUCUACUGGUCAACACGAGCCCCGCUGCCUGCCCCUGCCCCUCCUCCACCUCCUCUUCACAGACAGACAGAGGGACUGGUGGGACGCAGUCUACAGGCUCAUACACAAACGAGCUGCGCCUGGCAUGUCAGCCAAACUGAGGAUGACGGUUCAACAUGGACUAAGCACCUUGCGAGCCGGAGAGAAACAUGGCCUUCAACCAGCCCUGCCCAUACACUGGGCCCAGCACCUCAGCUCAGCGGGGUUUGGUGUGAACUCAUACUACGCCCACGAGUGCAUAAGGCGGAGUGUUCACUACUGGAACGUGGUGCUCCCCCUGCUGGACAAGAUCAAGAGGAGACGUGGCAUCCCUGGAUCCCUGGACCCCCUGUUCAUACACUUCCCCUCUAGAGACAUAGAGAUCCCAUCAGUGAAGGGCUUUGAGGAGGAGGCCAAGAUAGCAUUUGCGACCCUCCUGGACAUCGAGGGGAGGACAGAGGAGGCUAUCGCUACCCUGGAGACCAUCAACAACAUCUCGUCUAACUGGCACCUAGCUAGGAUCUUCCAGCGUCUGUCUGAGGAGGCCGGUAGCGGGGUGGAGGAGACACAGGACAGGUGCAUCAUGUUCCUCAGGAAGUUCAGAACUUACCUGUCCAAGAUCUACAACGCCAACGCUGACGACAUGGAUAAGCUGCCCGUUUCGAUGGAGGAGGUGAUGGAUCUCCUGAACGAUGUGAAACAGCAGCUGGAGGAGAGUGGAGAAGCGAUGGAUGAAGAGGAGGACGGCGGACCGGUCCACUCCAGCCUUCAGUUUACUAAGCCUGCUGCUUCAAUCUCUUGUGUCAGAUUCGCCCCAUUAACCCCCUCCCCCAGCAAGAGCUUGGCCUCUCCCUCCAAAAGACACCUGAUUUCACCAAAGACGCCACCUCAUUGGGCGGAGGACCAGAAGUCCCUCCUGCAGAUGCUCUGCCAGCAGGUGGAGAGCCUCAAGAAUGAGGUCCAUGACCUGAGGCAUCACUCAUCAGACAGCAUGGCGUCACCCCACCAAAGAAUGUAUGGAGAUGGGUACGGGGCUGAGAGCAUGCAGGAGGGCUACCCCCCAGCACAGACCUUCCAUGGAGCACCCCUCACUGUUGCCACCACACAGGCACCCUCUAUGUAUUACAAUCAAUCGCCUGCUUAUAACGCCGGACAGUAUCUCCUUCGUACGGCAGCCAAUGUUACCCCAACAAAGGCUCCUGUGUAUGGAAUCAACCGCCUGCCACCCCAGCAGCACAUGUAUGCCUACCAGCAGCCUACUAACACUCCUCCCCUGCAGUCAACACCAGCCUGCAUCUACCCUCCUCAAGAUCAGGUCUUCGGCGCCCCUCUCCGCUUCGAGUCACCAGCAACCAGUCUACUCUCCCCAUACAGUGAGGAAUACUACGGCCACUCGCAGCCCACCACAAACCCUCCCCUCCCAGAGCCUGGCUACUUCACCAAGCCCUCCAUAGUACCUGUCCAACCACCAAAGAGCAUCGAGGGGAAGCCUGUGGGCUUUGGGAAGAUCUCUUUUGGCCAGCCGAUCCCUGCUGAGCCUCCUAAGUUGCCUAGCUUUGGUGCUGGAAUAGUCGCCCAGUCCACCCCAUCAUCCGCUGCCUUUAAAUUCAACUCCAACUUUAAAUCCAAUGACGGGGACUUCACCUUCAAGUCCAAAAACAAUGAGAGCCUGUUGGGUCUUCUGACAUCAGACAUUCCAACCAAAUCUGAGGGUCCCUCAGAGGGGAAGCCCCAAGAGCCUCCUAGUCAGGGAGGGAUUUUUACCUUUGGCCCUAAAAGUGCGUCUGGGUUCUCCUUUGCUGACACAAUCCAGAUCCAGGACAAACCAAACCUGUUUGGAAAAAUUGACCAGCCAUUUAGUUUCACUGAUGUAACCCCGCCGGUAUUUGGGCUAGCAAACACAGUGAAGGAGGAGAAGGGAGCGGAGAGCAAUAACGACAGCACUCAUGUGGAGGAGGACGAGGAUGGGCCUCACUUUGAGCCUAUUGUGCCCCUCCCUGACAAAGUAGACGUGAAGACUGGAGAGGAGGAAGAGGAGGAGAUGUUCUGUAACAGGGCCAAGCUGUUCAGAUUCGAUGCAGAGACAAAAGAGUGGAGAGAGAGAGGUAUCGGCUUAGUCAAAAUCCUAAAGCACAAUAGAUCAGGAAAAGUGCGUCUGCUGAUGAGGAGGGAGCAGGUUCUGAAGAUCUGUGCUAACCACUACAUCACGCCAGAUAUGCUCCUGAAACCAAAUGCUGGAUCUGACAAGUCCUGGGUCUGGAAUGCCGUUGAUUAUGCGGAUGAGGAACCAAGGACUGAGCAACUGGCCAUCCGGUACAAAACGGAAGACGAGGCAUUGCUCUUCAAGACAAAGUUUGAAGAGGCUCAGAAGAUCGUUCUCAAAUCUCCAGAAAAGCAGCUAGAUCAGUCAUAUAGGAAAAAUAAUUUUCCUAAACUCUCUGCUCCAUUGGCGACAAACUUUGCUGCCCAGUUUGCAAAGAAGUACGGGGAGUGGGACUGCGAUGUGUGCUGUGUAAGAAAUGUUGCCAAACCCGGAGCACCCUCCCAGGCGGAGGCCGACRGKGAGGUGGAAGUGGUGUAUGUGAGGCAGCCAACAGUUGAGCAGGCUCUUCUGGCCAGGGAACUCCUGCUGCCUCUCACCUUCUUCUGCUACCAGAACGAACCAGGAUAUASCAGCRACGCCCAGACAGAUGAUGAGGACUUUGAGACAGCAGUUAAAGCCCUGAAUGGAAAACUGUACCAGGAUCCUCCUGAGAGAGAAGCUGCAAGUGCAGGUUCUGCAGGCCAGGCGGACGCAGGUGUUCAGGGUCUGGACCUGGAGCUUGAGGUGGUAUGGGAGAAGAGGCCUACUCCAGAGCAGGAACAGAAAGCCAGGACCCUGCAGCUGCCUUCAACCUUCUUCUGUGGUGUAGGCAGCGAUAGCGAGGCAGAGAAGGACAAGCCAGAGGAUUUUGAGACAGAGCUUCGCAAAGCACAGGAGGCUCUGGAUGCUGAGAGAAGCUCAGACCCUGUUUCAUCUGAGGCUGUGUCCUCUAGCACCGGCGAUACUGUGCCAGAACAACAGGUCCCAGACCAGUCCCCCAGCAGCCAGGAACAGGCUUCAGAUCAGUCUGAGGCAGAAGUCCAGUCCACUACAGCAGAAGAACAGGUCCCAGAUCAGUCCUUAACCAUACAGGAGGCUGAAAUCCCAACCCCAGGUAGCCAGGAACAGGCCACAGAACAGUUGGUUACCAUCCCAGAGCAGAAGUCCAUCCUUACAGAGAUAACAUUCCCAAUCAGUCCCUUAACCAUACAGAGGCGAAUCCCAACCCCAGGUAGCCAGGAACAGGCCACAGAACAGUCAGUUACCAUCCAGGAUGCUGACAUCCAAUCUUCUACAGCAGAGGAACAGGUCCCAGUUCAAUCAGUAACCAUCCAGGAGGCAGAUGUCCAGUCCUCUACAGCAGAAGAACAGGUCUCAGUUCAGUCAUUAACCAUUCAGGAGGCAGAGGUCCAGUCCACUACAAAGGAGCAGCAGACUCCAGAUCAGUUAGACUCCACUUCAACACCAUCUCAGACUGCGGUCUCCCGCAGCAGGGAGCAGGCUACCACUCCAAACCGUCCAGAAAAACCUGCUGCUAGUGCCCCAGCUUUGAUAACCCCCUCAUUUGGUUUUGGAUUUGGUGCACAGUUUGGCAAAAAGCCAGGGCAGUGGGAGUGUAACAUGUGUCUUGUUAGAAAUGAGGAGUCUGCAAGCAGUUGUGUUUCUUGUCAAACUCUAAACGAGCAGGCUCCAGAUCAGUCUACUCCUGCAGCUACCAGCAGCAGCAGCCCUAUAGACCUGUCUGCCAAGAAGACCUCUGAGCCUGGCUCCAAUACUACAUUUUCUACAACCACUACUCAGGAUGCUCCUAACUCAUUUGGCUCAUUGGGCUUCAGUGCUCUAGGAGGGGAAGGGUUCUCCUUUGCUGAUCUGGCACAGAACACUGGGGGGGAAUUUGCCUUUGGAAAACAAGAUUCCAACUUCUCGUGGGCGAACGCCGGGGCUACGUUGUUUGGAGCUGCAGCCCCAGCCAAAGCUGAGGGAGGGGAGGAGGGGAGUGAUGAAGAGGACARUAAUAAUGUGGGCAUUGACUUUGAACCCAUAGUCUCUCUACCAGAGGUGGAGACUAAGUCAGGGGAGGAGGAUGAGGAGAUCCUGUUUAAGGAGCGUACCAAGCUGUACCGCUGGGAGAGAGACCUGGGCCAGUGGAAGGAGAGGGGUGUGGGAGACAUCAAGAUCCUCUUCCACCCCGAUAAGAGGUUCUACCGGGUGCUGAUGAGGAGGGAGCAGGUGCUGAAGGUCUGUGCCAAUCACACCAUCUGUCAGAGCAUGGAGCUCAAACCCAUGAACACCUCUAACCAAGCCCUAGUCUGGACAGCUACUGACUUUUCAGAGGGUGAGGGUAAGGUGGAACAGUUGGCAGCCAAGUUUAAGACCGCGGAGCUGGCCGAGUGUUUCAGGAAGACCUUCUGUGAGUGUCAGAGUCGUAUGAGCCAAUCAGAGGCCUCGUCCCUCUCCUCCCCCCAGCUGUCCAGGGUACAGGAACAUUCCAGAGACGCCAAUCCCCAGGUGUACCUCUCUAUCUCCGCUGACGACGAGCCCCUGGGAACGGUCACCAUAGAACUGUUCUCUCACAUCGUCCCCAAGACAGCUGAGAACUUCAGAGCGCUGUGUACAGGACAGAACGGCUUCGGGCUGCGCAACUCUGUCUUCCACAGGGUCGUACCGGACUUCAUGUGUCAGGGUGGAGACAUCACCAACCAGGAUGGGACAGGAGGGAAAUCCAUCUACGGGGACAAGUUUGAGGAUGAGAACUUUGACGUGCGCCACACAGGCCCGGGGCUGCUGUCCAUGGCCAACCACGGCCGAGACACCAACAACUCCCAGUUCUUCAUUACCAUGAAGAAGGCUGAGCACUUGGACUUCAAACACGUGGCCUUUGGCUUUGUCAGAGAGGGCAUGGAUGUGGUCCGCAGCAUGGGAGAGCUGGGCACAAAGACUGGCAAACCCAGCAAGAAGAUUGUCGUCACCGAAUACUUUGCUGCUCAGCCUGUUGAUGUGUUAACUAUAAUGGCAGAUGCAAUGGACUUGAUAAAUUGUUCAAUUUGUCUGGAACUACUGAAAGAUCCGGUGGCUAUUCCCUGUGGACACAACUAUUGUAUGGGCUGUAUUGAGGACUGCUGGGAUCAGGAUGAUCUGAACGGUGUCUACCACUGUCCACUGUGUAGAAAGACCUUUUCCCCGAGGCCUGUUUUGAACAAAAAUACUCUACUGAUUGAAUUGGUGGAGAAACUGAAGAAUACAGGACUACAUGUUGCUUCUCCUGCUCACUGUUAUGCUGAACCUGGAGAUGUGGAGUGUGAUUUCUGCACUGGGAGAAAACUAAAAUCUGUGAAAUCCUGUCUGGUGUGUCUGGCCUCUUACUGCGAGACUCAUCUACAGCCUCAUUAUGAAGUAGCUCCAUUAAAGAAGCACAAGCUGGUCAAAGCAUCCACACAACUACAUGAGAAGAUCUGCUCUCAUCAUGAUAAACUGCUGGAGGUUUACUGCCGUACCGAUCAGCAGUGUAUCUGUUAUCUUUGUACAGUGGAUGAACAUAAAGGCCAUGAUACAGUGUCAGCUGCAGCAGAAAGAACUGAAAAACAGAAACAGUUGGAUGAGAAACAGCAGAUAUUAAAGCAGAGAAUCCAGAAGACAGAGAUGGGGGUGUUGGGGGCGAGACAGUCUAUACAGUUUGUCAAGAGCUCUGCACAGGCAGCAGUGGAGGACAGUGAGAGGAUCUUUCCUGAGCUUAUCCGCUCCAUUGAGAGAAGGAGCUCUAAGGUGAAGCAGCUGAUCAAAGCCAAGGAGAUGGCUGAAGUCUGUCGGACUGAAGGACACCUGAAGCAACUGGAGCAGGAGGUGGUUGAGCUGAGGAGGAAAGACGCUGAGCUGGAGCAGCUCUCACACACAGAGGAUCACAUCCAUUUCCUCAAGAGUUUCCAGUCUUUCUCUGUCCCGCCGGGAAUUGAGGGCUUACCCAGCACUUUUAACCCUCAUGUCUCCAUUGAGGAUGUCAAGAAGUCACUCUCCGAACUACAAGACCGAAUGGAGAAUGUAUUCAAUGAGGAAAUGGUAAAGAUAUCUAGAAAAGUUGGAUAUGCCUUUUUAGCCAGUAGCCCAAUGAGGAAAAUCCUCUUCUGCUUGGGAGAAUGCACCUCUGGCUUCAGCUUCCAACCAGUUAUCAGUCCAUCCAAGUCCCUGGCCAAGCUGAACCAGAUCAGGGUGUCUGUGGACGAGGACCAGGACGUGACCCAAGAGAAUGACAAACAGGCUACUAAAACCAAAGUCUUUACUGGUAGGUCAGCUUCAGUGGGAGGAUUUACUUUUAGAUUUGGGGCCGACUCUCAGCCCACCCCCAACCCUCCCAUCCCUGAGUCUGGCUACUUCACCAAGCCCUUCGUCGUACCUGUCCAAACACCUAAAAGCAUUGAGCGAAAGCCUGUGGACUUUGGGAAGAUGUCUUUUGGCCAGCCGAUCCCUGCUGAGCAUCCUAAAGUGCUUAGCUUUGGUGCUGAAAUAGUCGCCCAGUCCACUCCAUCAUCAGCUGCCUUUAAAAUCAACUCCAACUUUAAAUCCAAUGACGGGGACUUCACCUUCAAGUCCAAAAACAGUGAGAGCCUGUUGAGGCUUCUGACAUCAGACAUUCCCACCAAAUCAGAGGUCCCCUCAGAGGGGAAGCCCCAAUAUCCUCCCAGCCUGGGAGGGAUACUUACCUUUGGCACUAAAAGCGCUCUUGGGUUCUCCUUUAAUGACGCAAUCCAGAUCCAGGACAAACCAAACCUGUUUGGAAAAAUUGACCAGCCAUUUAGUUUCUUUGAUGUAACCCCGCCGGUAUUUGGGCUAGCAAACACAGCGAAGGAGGAGAAGGGAGCAGAGAGCAAUAACGACAGCACUCAUGUGGAGGAGGACGAGGAUGGGCCUCACUUUGAGCCUAUUGUGCCCCUCCCUGACAAAGUAGACAUGAAGACUGGAGAGGAGGAAGAGGAGGAGAUGUUCUGUAACAGGGCCAAGCUGUUCAGAUUCGAUGCAGAGACAAAAGAGUGGAGAGAGAGAGGUAUCGGCUUAGUCAAAAUCCUAAAGCACAAUAGAUCAGGAAAAGUGCGUCUGCUGAUGAGGAGGGAGCAGGUUCUGAAGAUCUGUGCUAACCACUACAUCACGCCAGAUAUGCUCCUGAAACCAAAUGCUGGAUCUGACAAGUCCUGGGUCUGGAAUGCCGUUGAUUAUGCGGAUGAGGAACCAAGGACUGAGCAACUGGCCAUCCGGUACAAAACGGAAGACGAGGCAUUGCUCUUCAAGACAAAGUUUGAAGAGGCUCAGAAGAUCGUUCUCAAAUCUCCAGAAAAGCAGCUAGAUCAGUCAUAUAGGAAAAAUAAUUUUCCUAAACUCUCUGCUCCAUUGGCGACAAACUUUGCUGCCCAGUUUGCAAAGAAGUACGGGGAGUGGGACUGCGAUGUGUGCUGUGUAAGAAAUGUAGCUAAAGUUAUGCAGUGUGUUGCCUGCCAGACUGCCAACCCUAAUGCCCCAUCAAAGCCGGACAGCGCAACGGCUACUGACAUCAAAGGCUUUACUAGUGGGGCAGCUUCAGUGGGAGGAUUUACUUUUGGAUUUGGAGCUGACUCGUCAAAAGACACCAGCAGCGCAGGAUCUAUUGGAAAAGGAUUUGGGUCUUUUGGAGCUCAGAUACCCUCCUCCUUUACGUUUGGAACCAGUGGCACCACUUAUAUACCUGCUGCUGGUUUUGGUGCCCAGUUUGGAAAGAAGUACGGGGAGUGGGACUGCGAUGUGUGCUGUGUAAGAAAUGCAGCUAAAGUUAUGCAGUGUGUUGCCUGCCAGACUGCCAACCCUAAUGCCCCAUCAAAGCCGGACAGCGCACCGGCUACUGACAUCAAAGGCUUUACUAGUGGGGCAGCUUCAGUGGGAGGAUUUACUUUUGGAUUUGGAGCUGACUCGUCAAAAGACACCAGCAGCGCAGGAUCUAUUGGAAAAGGAUUUGGGUCUUUUGGAGCUCAGAUACCCUCCUCCUUUAUGUUUGGAACCAGUGGCACCACUUAUAUACCUGCUGCUGGUUUUGGUGCCCAGUUUGGAAAGAAGCAAGAAACCACAAAAGUAGCAGCAGAAUCAAAGKCCUCAACCAUGCCAUUUGGCUCUGGAUUUGGUGUGCAGUUCAGCAAAAGGGCAGGGCAAUGGGACUGUGAUACAUGCGCUUUAAGAAAUGAGGCAUUUGCAAACAGUUGUCUCUCUUGUCAAACUCCUAACCCUUCAGGAAAACCUGCUGCUGGUGCCCCAGCUUUGGCAACCCUCUCAAUUGGGUCUGGAUUUGGUGCACAGUUUGGCAAAAAACCAGGGCAGUGGGAGUGUGACACGUGUCUUGUUAGAAAUGAAGAGUCUGCUAGCAGUUGUGUUUCUUGUCAAACUCCAAACCCUGUAGCCAAAACAGAUGUAGAUGGAGCAGCAGAAUCAAAGCCCUCAACCAUGUCAUUUGGUGCCRCGGGUUUGGCAACCCUCUCAACUCGGUCUGGAUUUGGUGCCCAAUUCAGCAAAAAYCRAGGGCAYUGGGACUGUGAUYCAUGCGUUGUAAGAAACGAGGCUUCUUCAAGCAGUUGUGUUUCUUGUCAAACUCCUAACCCUUCAGCAAAAUCAACAGUAGAGGUAGCACCAACAACAAAGCCAACAGUGUCAGACUUUGGUGCUGCUUUMUCAAGGAAGGAUGUACAAUGGGACUGUGACACUUGUCUAGUGAGGAAUGAUGCAUCUGCCUCUAAGUGUGUUUCCUGCCAGACACCCAACCCCAAUGCUAGCAGCUCCUCUCURAGGGCCAUGUUUGCCAGGCAGGAGGGAGAGUGGGACUGUGACYCAUGUCUAGUCAGAAACAACGACUCUGCUAGUCAAUGUGUCUCCUGMCAGAUGCCCAAACCCAAUGUUAAGAGCAUAMCCACAGCCGCCACUUCCAGCUCAUCCURCAGCUUUAACUUCGGGUGUCGGACUGCCUCUACUCAACCCACAGGCGCUGGGUUUAAAGCGAACUUCAACGGUGACAGCUCUUUGCAGUUUGGCACAGGCAAAGUUGAUAAAAGUUCCCCUGCAUCCUUCAAGUUUGAGACCCCUCAGGCUGAAAGCAGUACCCCCAGUGCUGCAGGCUUCUCUUUCACCAUGCCCAUCCCAGCAGGUGGRUUUAAGUUUGGCACUCAGGAAACUGCAAAGGAAACGCUACCAGCUGAAACUCAGACUCCUGCUUCAGGGUCUGRGUCAAUGUUCCUGAAGAAUAUUGCAGAGCAGCACAGAGAGAAAGAGAAGGAAUCUGGUGUCAGUGUAUAUGCAUCAGUGCUGUCAGUGGACAAGACAGGUCAGGAUGAAAAUCCCKUCUUCACUGGCAAACCCAACGACUUCAGUUUUGCAGACUUGGCUAAAAACRCACAAGGYGACUUCCAGUUUGGUCAGACUGACUCCAAUUUCAAAGGCUUCACCRGCGCUGGUGAGCAGCUYUUCACAUCCCUUCAGUCAAACCAGAGGGCAGACACCUCAGCUGACCAGGAUGAAGAGGACAUAUACAAGACAGAGGAUAAUGACGAUAUCCAGUUUGAGCCUGUGGUCCAGAUGCCAGAGAAAGUGGACCUGGUCACAGGAGAGYAGGACGAACAGGCCCUCUACUCCCAGAGAGUGAAGCUCUUCAGGUUUGACGGAGACAUCAGCCAGUGGAAGGAGAGGGGCGUUGGGGUCCUCAAGUUCCUGAAGAACGCCACCAAUGGCAGGCUCAGGGUGCUGAUGAYYAGAGAGCAGGUCCUGAAGGUGUGUGCCAACCACUGGAUCACCACCACCAUYAACCUGAAGCCCUUGGCUGGCUCCGACAAGGCCUGGAUGUGGCUGGCUAAUGACWURUCUGAUGGAGAUGCCAGACUGGAGCAACUCGCUGCCAAGUUUAAAACCCCUGAGCUGGCUGAGGAGUUCAAGCUGAAGUUUGAGGAGUGUCAGAMGCUCCUGUUAGACAUCCCACUGCAGACUCCUCACAAGCUUGUUGACACAGGCAGAACUGCACAUCUCAUCCAGAAGGCAGAGGAGAUGAAGUCUGGCCUGAAAGAUCUUAAAUCUUUCCUGACCGAUGACAAAACCAAGAUCAAGGAGGACGACAGCCAAGCUAACAUCACGACAGCCAGUAACACCUCUGGUCUGAAUAUCAAGCCCCACGCAGAGAACACUGGCCCUACCUUAGAAUGGGACAACUAUGACCUGAGAGAGGAGGCUCUGGACGACAGUGCUGACACCUCUGUCUACGCCUCACCCCUGGCAAGCAGCCCAAUCAGGAAGAACCUCUUCUGCUUUGGAGAAUCCACAGAGGGCUUCAACUUCAGCUUCCAGCCUGUCGUSAGUCCCGCCAAGUCGCUGGCCGAGAUGAACCAGAGCGGGGUGUCUGUGGACGAGGAGCAGGACAUUAGCCAGGAGGAGGAGCGGGACGGCCUGUACUUUGAGCCUGUGGUUCCCCUGCCAGACCUGGUGGAGAUCUCCACUGGAGAGGAGAAUGAAAAUGUGUGUUUCAGCCACAGGGCAAAGCUGUAUCGCUAUGACAAAGACCUGAAUCAGUGGAAGGAGAGGGGCAUCGGAGACCUCAAGAUACUGCAGAACUGCGAUACCAAACGAGUCAGACUCAUCAUGAGGAGAGACCAAGUCCUGAAGAUCUGCGCCAACCAUUGGGUCACACCUUCUAUGAAGUUGGAGCCCAUGAAGGGUGCUGAGAAGGCCUGGGUCUGGAGCGCUAUUGACUUUGCCGAGGUAACUAAGGGAAAUGUUGAGCAGUUAGCUGUGAGAUUCAAACUGAAGGAUGUGGCUAACUCCUUCAGAGAUAUAUUUGACCAGGCUAAAACUGCCCAGGAGAAUGAGAUUCUGGUCACUCCAAUAGCCUCCAGUGAGACCCUUACUCAGGAGGAAGCAAUAGCGACGGGGACAACAGUGUGUGGACAAGCUGAUGUGGACAUCCUGGAGGAGACCACCACAGAACGGACAGAGCUGUAUCAUGAGACUUUACACACCCCUGACUGUAAGUCCUCCACUGGCACUCCACAUAGCCCUCUCAACCUCUCCAGGAUGGUGAUGUCCCCACCCAAGUUCCUCUUUGGAACAGACUCUCUCCAGAAGUUUUUCGGCAGCAGCCCCCCGUCGUCCAAGGAGGAUAGUUCUUCAGAGAGCUCCAAGGUUAAAGACAGCGGUCGGACCUCCCAGCCUUUAACUGCAUUCAAAAUCUCAGAAAAAGGAUUGGAUUUUAGGRUUUUCAAAGAUAACCCAAAGACUUUUUGGACCAGCACCUCAUCCACCCAAUUUGAGCCCCCAGGUACUCUGUCACUACACUGUGUGUGUGCUGUGACACGUCACCUACACAGCUGUCACCUGUCUGGCCUUGCCUGGCGGAGGCGACGGGAGGUGGAAGUGGUGUAUGUGAGGAGCCAACAGUUGAGCAGCUCUUCUGGCCAGGGAACUCCUGCUGCCUCUCACUUCUUCUGCUUAGAAGAACCAGGAUAUAGCAGCAACGCCCAGACAGAUGGCCAGGCGGACGCAGGUGUUCAGGGUCUGGACCUGGAGCUUGAGGUGUAUGGGAGAAGAGCCUACUACAGAGCAGAACAGAAAGCCAGGACCCUGCAGCUCCUGUCACCUUCUCUGUGUGUAGCCAGCGAUAGCGAGCAGAGAGAGGACAAGCCAGAGGAUUUGAGACAAGAGCUCGCAAAUCACAGGAGGCUCUGUCCAACCCCAGGUAGCCAGGAACAGGCCACAGAACAGUCAGUUACCAUCCAGGAUGCUGACAUCCAAUCUUCUACAGCAGAGGAACAGGUCCCAGUUCAAUCAGUAACCAUCCAGGAGGCAGAUGUCCAGUCCUCUACAGCAGAAGAACAGGUCUCAGUUCAGUCAUUAACCAUUCAGGAGGCAGAGGUCCAGUCCACUACAAAGGAGCAGCAGACUCCAGAUCAGUUAGACUCCACUUCAACACCAUCUCAGACUGCGGUCUCCCGCAGCAGGGAGCAGGCUACCACUCCAAACCGUCCAGAAAAACCUGCUGCUAGUGCCCCAGCUUUGAUAACCCCCUCAUUUGGUUUUGGAUUUGGUGCACAGUUUGGCAAAAAGCCAGGGCAGUGGGAGUGUAACAUGUGUCUUGUUAGAAAUGAGGAGUCUGCAAGCAGUUGUGUUUCUUGUCAAACUCUAAACGAGCAGGCUCCAGAUCAGUCUACUCCUGCAGCUACCAGCAGCAGCAGCCCUAUAGACCUGUCUGCCAAGAAGACCUCUGAGCCUGGCUCCAAUACUACAUUUUCUACAACCACUACUCAGGAUGCUCCUAACUCAUUUGGCUCAUUGGGCUUCAGUGCUCUAGGAGGGGAAGGGUUCUCCUUUGCUGAUCUGGCACAGAACACUGGGGGGGAAUUUGCCUUUGGAAAACAAGAUUCCAACUUCUCGUGGGCGAACGCCGGGGCUACGUUGUUUGGAGCUGCAGCCCCAGCCAAAGCUGAGGGAGGGGAGGAGGGGAGUGAUGAAGAGGACARUAAUAAUGUGGGCAUUGACUUUGAACCCAUAGUCUCUCUACCAGAGGUGGAGACUAAGUCAGGGGAGGAGGAUGAGGAGAUCCUGUUUAAGGAGCGUACCAAGCUGUACCGCUGGGAGAGAGACCUGGGCCAGUGGAAGGAGAGGGGUGUGGGAGACAUCAAGAUCCUCUUCCACCCCGAUAAGAGGUUCUACCGGGUGCUGAUGAGGAGGYAGCAGGUGCUGAAGGUCUGUGCCAAUCACACCAUCUGUCAGAGCAUGGAGCUCAAACCCAUGAACACCUCUAACCAAGCCCUAGUCUGGACAGCUACUGACUUUUCAGAGGGUGAGGGUAAGGUGGAACAGUUGGCAGCCAAGUUUAAGACCGCGGAGCUGGCCGAGUGUUUCAGGAAGACCUUCUGUGAGUGUCAGAGUCGUAUGAGCCAAUCAGAGGCCUCGUCCCUCUCCUCCCCCCAGCUGUCCAGGGUACAGGAACAUUCCAGAGACGCCAAUCCCCAGGUGUACCUCUCUAUCUCCGCUGACGACGAGCCCCUGGGAACGGUCACCAUAGAACUGUUCUCUCACAUCGUCCCCAAGACAGCUGAGAACUUCAGAGCGCUGUGUACAGGACAGAACGGCUUCGGGCUGCGCAACUCUGUCUUCCACAGGGUCGUACCGGACUUCAUGUGUCAGGGUGGAGACAUCACCAACCAGGAUGGGACAGGAGGGAAAUCCAUCUACGGGGACAAGUUUGAGGAUGAGAACUUUGACGUGCGCCACACAGGCCCGGGGCUGCUGUCCAUGGCCAACCACGGCCGAGACACCAACAACUCCCAGUUCUUCAUUACCAUGAAGAAGGCUGAGCACUUGGACUUCAAACACGUGGCCUUUGGCUUUGUCAGAGAGGGCAUGGAUGUGGUCCGCAGCAUGGGAGAGCUGGGCACAAAGACUGGCAAACCCAGCAAGAAGAUUGUCGUCACCGAAUGUGGACAACUGUAGAGCUUCGCUCUGUUCACUGACUGUGGACAUCUCAACUGUAGGGCUGAGAUCUGGUCACUGGCUGGAUGGCUAUCGGCCUUCGCUCUGGCCAUGGACUGGACAGUGAUAGGCUUUCAAACUGUGGACAACUAUAGUAGGAAAAUCUCAAAUGAGACCCUAUACCUCAUGUAAUGUAAAACAUGUUUUUUUUUUUUACAAGAGCCCAUGUGCAGUGCACGAAGGGUUCUGGUAGUGCACUACGGGGGGAAUAGGGUGUCAUUUGAGACAGAGAUGGUCACCUUUUCAAAAGUGUUGCCCCACCCUGAGGGCAGCAUGUGACUGUGAAUCCCCAGUCUGUUUUUUUGUGUAUAAUGUACAUUAACUUUCUUUGAGAGGGGUGUUCUUUUCAUGUUUUCCAAUAAGAGUUGAAAACGCUGGUUCCUUCAUAAGCUCCCUAACUUGAUUGUUUUGUAUAAUUAAGCCUUAAUCGAGAUGAACAAGAAACCUUGUUUAAAAACCAACCUCUGUUCAUUUUGAACUACGUUCCUUUCUCCUGCUCCCUGUGAAUACUUGUAGGUGUGUUUUUGUGUAUACAUUGAUUUCAUAAUGUACAAAUCAUUGAGACUACCUUUGUCCAUUUUAAACUCUAAAGUUAGGAAUAUGAAGAACUAUAACCUACUGUGUGACACUUUGGGAGAGGGAUGACAUAAUAUCUUAUUGUUGUGGAAGAACCUUUUAUGGUAUUCUGUUGACAAAUAUCACUUGGAGUUGAAACAAUUCUUAUUGUCAAUAAAUAAAUGAUGCUGGAGAAUGUCUUUAGAAAUAAAGUUGCUUUAUACUGAUAA